AAAAACUUUUUUUCUUCGAAAUUGUUGUUUUUUGUUAUUGAAAAAACAAAAAACCAUUAACGUUAUUUUCUUGUUUAAUCUUUUCAACUCUGCUCUAAUAUAUGCACAAGCUCGUCGCGACAUUCCGUUCUAAACAACAGCUUUUUUCUUGUAUAUUACAGACAAGAAAAUUUGCGUCUUUUAACGGAAAUAUGUUAAAUAAGAAUACUCUAGGUAAAAAUAUGCAAAUCGGUUAUCUCAUGAAGUCUUCUAAAUCACGAAACUAUCGUUUGUUUACGCUGUCUUCUACAGAUUUUUCAACAGAGCAAGACGCACUUCUGCCCAUCGAAUUGGAACAAGCUUUAGAUGAACAUAUUAUAGGACAAAAAGAAGCAAAGCGUAGUUUAAGUGCAGUGUUACGAGACAGAUGGAGAAGACAACAAAUACAUGACGCCGAUCUACGAGCGGAGACAACUCCUAACAAUAUAUUGUUAAUUGGUCCAUCUGGUUGUGGAAAAACAGAAUUGGCCCGACGUAUAGCUCAAAUAAGUGGUGCACCUUUUGUUAAAGUCGUUGCAACCAAGUAUACUGAAGUAGGAUUCGUAGGGGAUGACACUUCUUCUAUGGUCAAUGAUCUUGCUGAGCAAGCGUACAACGAUGAAAAGCGACGUUUUCGAUCCAAGAUAUCUCAGAAAGCUCGGUUGAUGGCCGAAAAUCACAUAGUCAAAGCUUUACGUGAGUUACCUGAAUUUGAAAACUUGAAGACUCAACAAGUUCUUGAUAAAGUUCAAUCUCAAAAAUUAGAUGAUGUUAACGUUUCUAUUGACACAGAUCUUUUAGUUGUACCAAACGACAAACCAGCAACGAAUCCGUUUCAGCAAGUGCUAGACUCGUUAACGGGAGGCUCUGGAAUGGGUUUAAAUAACGGACUUUCAACAUUACCAGUUCAUUUAGUUGUAUCAAAGUUUCCUUCCAUGAACAAUCCAUCCUCCGUUUUCAAACAGUCAGAUUUCACUGACGCUGAGAUGGAUCCUGACAAAUCGUUAUCUUCAAAACCAUCUCAAAGAACAUUAAGCGUUAAGAUGGCACUAUCGCUUUUAGAAGAAAACUUUGCUCAUAAAUUGAUUGAUGACGAAGAAGUAAUAAGCGCUGCUAAAAGUGCUGUCGAAAAUCGGGGUAUUAUUUUUAUUGAUGAAUUCGAUAAACUUAUUGAAGGAAAAGACGGAAAUGAGUUUCGUUCAAAAAAUCGUGGAGUUCAAAAGGAACUUUUGUCUCUAAUGGAUGGGGCGUUUGUUAACACAACACGUCUAGGAAGAAUUUCUACCGAAUUUAUUUUAUUUGUUGCCUCUGGUGCCUUCCAUAGUAGCAAGCCUUCAGAUAUUAUGCCAGAACUUCAGGGGCGGUUGCCUAUUCUUAGCGAAUUAAAACCUCUUGAUGUUCACGACUUGGAACGUAUCUUACAUGCAACAAAAUACAGCCUGUUGAAGCAACAAAUUGCCUUAUUGGAGACGGAUAAAAUACAUCUGGUUUUCACUCCUGAGUCCAUUCAUCGUAUUGCGUCAAUAGCUUAUGAGUUAAAUACAAUGUCAGCUAAUAUCGGAGCUAGACGGCUCAAGACAGUGUUAGCCAAGCUUUUAGAAGAUUUUAAAUUCGAUGUUAACAAAUAUAAAGGGCAAAAAAUUAUAAUUGACAAUGACUUAGUUGAUAGUCGCUUGAAACCCCUACUGAAACAUGCUGACUUGAGUAAGUAUAUAAUUUAAUCGUGUCCCUUUGCUCAAAAAAAAACGUGUUCUAUUUUGUCACGUUUUUGUGAUACUCUUCUUGUCAAUGUAAACGUCAUUUUUAAUUUAUAAUCAACUUAUAACUACUCAACAUAUAAAUUCCAUAAACGUCAUGCCUUUAAUAAUAUUACUUGGUACAAUGACACGAGCACUUCUAAGCUUCAGUACUCUACAGCUUUACAAGCAGCCCAGUGGAUAGAUAGAAAAUUAUACGAUAUAUCAACAAUUUAGAAUAAAAUAUUGUUAUCGCAAGUUUCUUUUUAAAGUGAUUCAUUGGCUAGGGGAACAUACCAGAAAUCGUACUAAUUAAUACUAAAAAUUGAAAUUGUGUUUCCAAGAAUCUGAACCCCUGAACUUGCUUGUUUGCAUAUAGAAUAUUAAAUAUUGUGCAGUCA